UUUUUCAAACUUUUAGGUUACCCACGAUGUAUCACUCUCGGGAACUUGCGGAGUGUCUUUAGGUAGGUUCGUCAACAGCUGCAUGGUUUGAGAUGGAAUGACUGAUUGGUAACGUGCCUUAAAAUAUACUGCCAUAGAGGGGAACAGCCCGACUUGUAUUGCCCGGCUCUUUUCUCUCGGUCGCUUCCUUGUUUCGUUGUCACCCUCACUUCCCCCAUCAUAAGGGCCGUUCCCUGGCUAAGAUUUUCCUCAGGUACCCUUUCUCACACCUUCCUAUCUCCUCUUCCCCCUCCCAUGUUUCAUCUACCACUCCCGCUUUUCUACUUCCGCUAUCAUACCUUCUAACCAUCAAUUCCUUUUCUCUAAUUAUACAAUUCCUUCUCACAACAAAAAAAACCAAAAAAAAACAAUCCUUAUCAUGACUACUCAAGGGGACUCGAGCACUGUGGCAAGUUUGUCUGACGACAUUACCGCUAUGGUGGCCGCCGUUCAGACUACUACUCUGGGUGAUAAGUAUGUUGUUGGAGAGGGUACUCAGGAGAGCACUCCCCCUCUUCCUGUUGUUGGGCCUCGUGUAGGCAAGUGGGUCGAACGUGAGACAACUAAUUACGACACCUACGCUACUCCUGUCCAAGAUCCUGAGGGCCCCAGGGGGCUUCCUGUUGGUGAGUGGGGUGCUUCAGGCGCUCGUUAUGAAUGGAGAGAGGAAUACGGUGAUGUUGCUCCUGCUGACGAGAUGCUCGAACGCAUGCUCUUUGGUGAACCUGGAACCGCCGAGCGUGCAGGUGCUGGACUUCAAUUUGACAAGUAUUGUUUCCUCAAGUCUUCCAGUUAUUUGCUAGGUGUUGCUUCUCCGAAUGCAACUGUGAUAUGCUAAAAAAGAAAUAGGCUUCUUACUAUCUCUGUUUGUGUAGAAGGCCAGGUGAAGAUGAAUCCGAUUGAGAGAGUAUGUUUUCCUUCCAAUGUGUGGGACGUAAAAGGGGAAGAGAUAGAUAAUUCCUUCUCAAUGUUUUGGGCUAACUGUUUCAAGUUCGAAGAAGCACCUCUUCACCCAGUAAUGCUGCGGAACGUCAAACUAGCUGGGUAUUUUUUCAGAAUUUUUGAUUUUUGAUUUUGACGCUGACUCGUGGGAGAUACGAGAUCCCAACCCCCAUCCAAAGAUAUUGUAUUCCGGCAAUUCUCGACGGACAUGACCUCUUGUCAUGUGCCCAAACUGGUGGGUCGCUACCGCUUGGACUAGGACAUACCUCCUUGUUGCAAGGUUGCCAUACUUACGGGGACUUCAUUUUGUAUAGGUUCGGGAAAGACGGCGGCUUUUUUGGUCCCUAUCUUAUCCAAACUUAUGGGGAAGGCUAGUUCGCUUGCUGCACCCCGCCCUGUUCCGGGUUCUACGGGCCCAUACGUCGCGCAGCCUCUGGUUCUCGUUGUGGCUCCAACUCGUGAGCUUGCCACGCAGAUAUUUGACGAAUCCCGUCGGUUUUGCUAUAGGAGCAAAUUGAGGCCUUGCGUCGUCUACGGUGGUGCUGAUACUGUCACACAACGUAUGGAACUUAGGAAAGGAUGUGAUGUCAUUGUUGGCACACCAGGACGCUUGACUGAUUUUAUAGAACGGGGAAGGGUCUUGUCACUGAAGCGCUUGAAGCAUGUUUCCUUUCCCUUGAUCGCAAGAUGUUUAAAGCUGUAAUUCACUGCUAACGCUAUUCAUAGGUUUGUUGUGAUUGAUGAAGCUGAUGAAAUGUUGGAUAUGGGGUUCGAGCCUCAGGUUCGCAGACUGCUUCAGUCUUCAGGUAGUUUGCUCUUUAUCAGGCGGCUUGGUGUCUGCUAAUAGGGGAUUAGAUGCGAAUGAGGACGAUGACCAGCAAGUCCUGAUGUUCUCCGCCACUUUUCAAAAGGUAAUAAACUUAAGUCCUGUGCCCCUGACACUCUUGAUGCUAAUGUGGAAGGGCAUUGAUAGCCUAUCCGUAAAUUGGCUAGAGAUUUCUUGUCUGAUGAUUUCAUUCAAAUUAAGGUGGGCCGUAUCGGUAGCACUCAUGAGAAUAUCACUCAGAGGGUAAUCCCUAGCCCGAUACUUGUCUUGUUACACUACAUUCUAAUCAAUGGACACGCUGUGUAGGUUCUGUGGGUGGACGAACUAAGAAAAAAGGAGGCUAUAUAUGAUCUUCUGUGCACUGCGCCCCCCGCACGCACUCUAAUCUUUGUCAAUCGCAAACGCGCUGCUGAUGAUUUAGACGAUUACUUGUACAACCGUACGUCUCCUAUGUCUCGGGUGGGCUUCGGAAGAGAAUCGAGGGUUUAACCUUCUUUAUGCAGUCAAGCUUCCGACCACCUCUAUCCAUGGUGACCGCACCCAGCGAGAGCGUGAGGAUGCAAUGUAGGCUCUAGAGAGUGCUUCCUCAACAUCAAUUUGUUGCUGACAUGAUAAUUUUUGCAGGCUCGCGUUUCGCUCAGGAAAAUGCCCAAUUAUGAUUGCUACUCCUAUUGCGGCUCGUGGGCUAGACAUUAGAAACGUGAUGCAUGUCAUCAACUACGACCUGGUCCACAAUAUUGAUGAGUACAUCCACCGUAUUGGUGGGUUCUGUGUUUCAAUAUUUGGGUGCAGGGGGAUCAAGACUAACUGAAAAUAGGACGCACUGCUCGUAUCGGCAACCGUGGCCUUGCCACCUCUUUCUUUAAUAGUAGCAAUGAAGACAUCGCCACAGACUUGGUAAAGGUUCUCUUGGAGUCUUCUCAGGAGAUUCCCGAUUUCCUCGAGCCCUAUCGCCCAAUUGGGGAGGUAACCUUCGAUGAGUCAGACUCGGAUGUCGGAGGUAAAGAGAAGGGAAGUGGUAUCCAUGGUGGCGCUGGAUAUGGUAACGGUGGAGGGGAUUGGGGAAACGGAGGAGCUGGAACCAAUGGUGCAGUUGAUCUCUCCGGUUGGUAAAGCUUGGUAUUCAGUGUCCCAUGGAAACGAUAUUCAAACGCAAGGGAGCCCAGGGGGCUUUGGGGUUAAGCCAUUUGUUUUUUAGGGGUGCUAUCUCAACUACUGCUAGCUUCGUUUCUUUUCUCAUUUUAUUUCUUCUGCUUGACAAUAGUUGGGCUCGACGAUCAAUAAACCUGGUUUCCAAUCGAUUUCAUGCUAAAUUCUUUAUCGUGUUUGGUGCAGGGCUGCGGUGUUAACUAAGUAUUCAGGAGCUAGGCUUAGGUCCUCUUUGACACACCACUUUUACGGCAUAAAAGUUGUUUUUUGACAUAUUUUUUUUGGAACUAAGGCCCUGUUUGGCGCGCAAUCAUAUAAAAAUAUGACAUUUUUCAUGAAAAUAGCAUAUAAGCCAAAACAAAAAAAAUAUGGUGCAACCCAGCUAGGAUAUAUACCUAGCUCCAUACAACAUGUAACAUUCAACCCUCUAAGGAAAAAGGGCAAACCCCUCAAAAAUCCACCUUGUAAAGAUCCUGCAUUCAAUUUUCCUACCUCUACUAUUAUUUGGAUAUCUUUAAAUUCAAUAGUAUAAUACCAUAGUUUUCUUAUAAUAUUUCAAGUCUGAUUUCCUGUUAUAAAAACUAUACUUGCAGACUGCAAUACCUGAUUCUCUACUUGAAGAACAAGAUCAUUAUACUUUUCUACAGAUAAAAUACAGCUAUCUCAUUCCCAUGCAAAGUUACCUUCAGUAAACAAGUCUACACUGUAUACUAAUACCCAGCUUGACAGGGUGAAUCAGGUAACAGAAAUUGAAUUCCAACUUGCCUAAUAGUUGUUCUGACUCUAAUUUAAACUUGGGAUCUUCAAAGGGUAAGCACAAAAGUUAACCAUAUUUAUAAACCUAUACUAAAUCUGGUAUUUAUACAAUUCAAACUAGUUGAACUUUAGAGGAAAUGAAACUUUAUUUUUAAAAUAUUUAAGACAAAAAACAAGUAUAAAAGUAGAUAUAUAAGAAAAGAGAUAUCAGAGGUAUUCCAUGAUUUUUAAAAUCUGUUUUUUAGGAUUUUUCACUUCUUUCUUAGAGGAUUGAGUAUUACAUAUUAUAUAGAGCCAGGUACAUACUCUAGCUGCAAUGCACCAUACUAUUUUUUUCUUCUAAAAUCUUACUACUUGACAGACUCUCAUAUUACUAUUUUAGGACUGAAAAAAUUAGUUUUAUGACU